CUCCAUUACUCCACUCAACACAGAGGGUUUUCCAGGCUGAUCUCAUAAACAUCUAGGACCAUGUUCUGGUGUAUACGUCUGUCCCUGGGACUCCUGUUCUUUCAUCUGGCUGCUGCUCAUGUCUUCUUAGACAGCCAAGUGGCCAAUCAAGUGCUGAAUCGAAGGAUACGAGCUAACAGCAUUUUUGAGGAGUGGAAAAAAGGCAACAUGGAAAGAGAAUGUGUGGAGGAGCGCUGUAGCUGGGAAGAGGCGCGAGAGAUAUUUGAAGACAAAGAAAAAACUGAUGAAUUCUGGGCCAAGUAUAUUGAUGGAGAUGCAUGUAUAUCAUCACCCUGUGUUAAUGGCGGCCAAUGCAAAGAUGGAAUUGGCAGCUACGCUUGCUACUGCCAAGAAGGGUACAAGGGCUUCAACUGUGAAAUUGUUAUUCUUCAGCUCUGUGAGGACAAAAAUGGUGGUUGUGAACAUUUCUGCGAUGUGAUACAGAGAAGAAUUCAUUGCUUCUGUGCUGAUGGAUACUUCCUGGCAUCAGAUGACAAAUCCUGCCACUCCAACGAAACGUACAAAUGUGGUGCCAUCAGCAGCAAAGCCGUUCGGACUGUUUUCUGGUAUGAGAGGAAAAACAUAACAGAGGGGAACAUAACUAAGUUUAACAGCACCGGCAACAUCAACUUAACAACACAGCCUUAUGUCCAGGAUGCUGGUCCAAUGUCCUCAGUGUCUGAGAACAAAAGCCAAAACGUGGCACAUUAUCCUAAUUUGGAAAAGAUGAUUCAGUCUGAAAUGGCGAAAAUGACUCGUAUUGUCAACGGGGAGGACUGUCCACCAGGACAAUGCCCAUGGCAGGCUCUCCUUGUGAAUGAAGAUAAUAUUGGGUUUUGUGGAGGAACAAUACUCAAUCAAUACAUCAUCCUGACUGCUGCCCACUGCAUGAACCAGUCACGUUACUUCAACGUGAGGCUCGGUGAAUUUGACAGGUUGGUAAAUGAGGGCACUGAAGCUGACCAUAUUGUGGACACGAUCCUCACCCACAGAGGGUACAAGGCAGACACCUACCACAAUGACAUUGCACUCAUCAAAUUAACCACACCCAUCAAAUUCAGCAGGUUCAUUGUGCCAGCCUGCAUUCCUGAGCAAGAAUUUGCUGAAAAGGUCCUGAUGCAGCAGCCGGAUGGCAUGGUUAGCGGUUUUGGACGUCUCGGCGAGGGUCGGGAGCCAUCCAGCAUCUUGCAGCGCCUAUCUGUACCUUAUGUGGACCGUCGAACCUGCAUCGAAUCCACUCCUUUACGUAUCUCGCAGCGUAUGUUUUGUGCUGGUUAUGACACAAUAGCCAAGGAUGCCUGCCAAGGUGACAGUGGCGGGCCUCAUGUCACACGUUACCGUGACACCUACUUUGUCACUGGCGUCGUGAGCUGGGGUGAAGGCUGUGCACGCAAGGGCAAGUAUGGUGUUUACACCCAGGUGUCCAAGUACAUUCAAUGGAUCCGUGAUGGUAUGAAGACGCUGAUCCAAAAAAACAAGACCGGCAGCAGGAUGAAGAGGAACCAUGCCCAAAUAACAAGGCUUUAUCUGUAAAACAUCUGUCACUGAGCAGAGAUCGGCCAGACUUUGCACCACUCAUGUAAUCACUAAUGAACAGUCAGAGAAACCUAUUCAUCCUAGUGCUGCAAAGAGCUGCAAAUCCUACCUGUGACGAACAGAAUUAGAGUCAGUAAUUAUUUGGGGGUUCCUCAGGGUACUACUCUUGGUCCUUUAUAUUUUUAAUUUUAUUUUAUGUAACAUUAAUUUUGUAUUAAUGUUUAUUUUUCCAGGGCAAUCAUCUGACAUCAUAUUUCUGAACAAUUCAAGUCCAUCAUUUCCUCUGGGCUCUGAUUUUGGUCUUAAUUUCCACUUUAGAUGUUUCGUGUUCUGGUUGGUUCACUGAUUCUUCUGUAAGUCUUUCUCAUGAGAUUGUUUCCAUCAAAGAUGUAUACUAUCUCAAACAGGAUACAUCCUCUGAAAUUUGAUUGAAUACAUUUUUUUUUAGUAUAAUUACAUUUUUUUUAAACAGAAUGCAUUUCAUAAUCUCAGCAAUUCAAUGUUUUGUUCCAUGUAUGCUUCAUGAGUCACUGAUAGAAACAAGCUUUUAAACUGAACAUGAAGCAAAUAAAAGCAAACUAUAAGAACAUGUUGAAGCCUGAUGUCAUUUAAUGAUAAGUAUAGCUUGUAUUUAUAAUAGUAAUUCAAAAGGUGGAAGAAUCUCCAGUGACAGUUUGGAAAAAAGUUGUUUUACAAAAUUGUGUUUUUGCUCAAGAAAAUGUAAAAUUUGUGGCACAAUGGUUUUAAAGAACCAUCUUAUUACUUGAUCUGGAUAAACUCAAUGUUAUGUAAAAAUGUCAGUGAUGAAAUCUAUCCUUGUUUACCUCAAACAAACAAACAUGGAGACCUUCUGCUUGUUUUGCUUGUUUUUAAAGGAAAGGCCAGAGUCCACUUCAAGAACAGAGCGUUUACGGGAAACUGCGUGGUCUUUUAACUCUUUAGAGAAUCAUGUGAAUAAAAUGUCAAAAAACAAAUAA